AUGAAUGACCAACUGCAGGGUACAAAUACUAAUGAAUACCAGCCACUAGAUCCUGGUAUUCCGCCAAAUAAUGAGGAAGUCGGCCCAUCACAGGAGACUGGCGAUGUAGAUACAAAUACUCAAGAUGAAAAUGCGCCUUUGUUGGGUAAACAAGACCGAAAUGUAACCAAGAAAUCACAUCGAACAUUUGGCAGCAAUGGUAAUGGUGCUACGGAUAAUGCUAGCCAUGAAGAUAGAGACUCCGAGUUUUAUGCCAAUGAGAAUGGGCGCUUUCAGUAUCAUCAAAAUUAUCGUUCAUUUUUGACUAAUUGGAAAUGCAUACUAAAUGUAGUCCUAUUUUUGAACACUUUAGUGUUGGUAUUGCUGUUUGUUUCUGAUUAUUUCAUCGAAAUUCUUCCUGCAGAUAGGAAUACUACUUUUACGAACUUUGUACUAGUAAUCAUUUCGUUGAUCGGUAAUGCUUUUAAUCUUUCUUUUACAGAUAUUGGGUUGUACUCAUCUUUUGAUUGGGAUUUGAAUUUAAUAUUAACAGGACUGCCUGUUCUAAAUUUACUUCUCUUGGCAACUACAAAAUAUACUCGUGAAAGAAUAGGAUUUGUAACGGUACUAGUUCAUGCUUGGACGGUAGCAACAUUUGGUUUAGGUUUACUUCAGCAACACAAGUUAGGAACCUAUAUUACAGAACUGACACCACCAACGACACAAAAUAAACACACUAUUGUAGAAUGGUUCAAAAUUGCAUUCCGUAAUUUGAUUAAGUUUGGAACUUUUAUUAUUUUGGUUUUAAUAGUCCUAACGACACUAUUGAAUGUAAUUGACAUUCAUAAUGCCUUAUCCUAUUCUCUAGGUACUUUUCAUUGGACAAGUUCAGAUCAUGAUAACAAGUUACACGUUCAAUGUUAUGGAGUGGGCAGUGCAAGCGGAGUGGAGGUUCAAGACAGAAACAAUACACCAAUCGUAUUAUUUGAGCAUGGUGGAGAAGAAAGUUCAUAUGUUUCCGGAAAAUGGGUAGAAGAUUUGUAUAACUUAGGCUACAUUGACAAAUACUGUACAUAUGACAGAAAUGGAUUUGGUUUGAGUGACUCAUUGAGCGCUCCUGUUUCAAUAAGAGGUAUGGCUGAGAAUUUGAGGUAUGCCCUGAUUGAAGAAUUGAAAUUAAAUGGACCUUUUUUGGUAGUUGGUUAUGAUUAUGGUGGUCUUGUCGGGAGAGUAUUUUGUGGUGAUAACAGAGAGCUUUGUUCCGGUCUUAUGCUAGUGGAAUCAUGGAAUGAAGAAUUAUUACUAAAGCAUUUUUUAAGAAGGUUACUUCCUGGUGGUGGGGAUGGCAAUGAUGAGGAUAACGGCAGUGAUAGUAUAUAUUACGAAAAUGACGAUGAUUACCGUGCGACGAGAGGUAAAAUGGAUCAUAGGAUUCCAGAAAGAGAAAUUGGCAAAAGAAAUGGGUUCAAAGUAUUUUGGCACGGAUUAUGGUCAUCAUUGGGAUUAAAUUUACAAUUUUCUUGGCUGGUAAGACGUCAUGGGUCGCUAGAAAGAAUAUUUGGAACGGAUUUAAAGCAUCAGGGAAAAUUUUUGAGGACGAAAUUAUUGGAAAGCAUAACGAGCUCAUUACUAACUUAUCAAGAAAUACUGGAGACAAAUUCCAAGCUAAAAAAUGUCAAAAUGAGUGUUGUAAGUUCAAAAGAGAUGAUUAAAAGAUCGUCAUUAUGGGGGAACUGGCAACGUAAAUUAGCUAAACUGUCAGCUAAUACAAAGGAAUGGAAGGUCGUAGAUGGGGAGCAUGAGUUUUUCAACAAUGGUGUUGGAAAAGAACAAGCACAGGAUGUUUUAUUGAGAUUGCUUCAAAGCGUCUGA